AUGGUUUCUUCCGGGAGUGUGGCUGCUGGAGGUACUCACUCUGUAGUGCUUACACGUGAAGGACAUGUAUGGACAUGGGGUCAACCAUGGCCUCCUGGAGAUAUCAAACAGAUAUCAACUCCUGUACGAGUGCAAGGUCUUGAAAAGGUGAGGCUUAUUGCAGUUGGUGCUUUCCACAAUUUGGCACUAGUAGAGGAAGGGGUAUUAUGGGCGUGGGGUAAUAAUGAAUAUGGACAACUUGGAACCGGAGAUACUCAGCCAAGAUCUCAACCUAUUCAUGUUCAAGGGCUAUAUGGUCUCACUUUGGUUGAUAUUGCUGCAGGAGGAUGGCAUUCCACUGCGUUGACAAAUGAAGGAGAGGUGUAUGCUUGGGGAAGAGGAGAGCAUGGUAGGCUUGGAUUUGGAGAUGACAAAAGCAGUAAAAUGGUGCCACAGAAGGUUCAACUCCUUGUAGGGGAAGGCAUUGUUCAGGUUUCCUGUGGUGGUACACAUUCAGUGGCUUUAACACGGGAUGGGAGAAUGUUCUCGUUCGGACGAGGAGACCAUGGACGCCUGGGAUAUGGAAGGAAAGUUACAACUGGACACCCAAAUGAAGUGCCAAUAAACCUCCCACCUCCCAGGAAUCUCAGGGGCAGUGGCAACAAUGGACGUUGGUGCGCUAACCUCGUUGCUUGUGGUGGACGACAUACUCUAGCAACAGCCACGUGGCAGACUGAUGAAUCAGAACAGCCGUUGUGAAAUUAAUUAGAUCAAAAUGCUUACUCAAGACUAUAAAGAUCUAUAAACUUGUAUAAUGCAGCAUUGGAUUUUCUUUUAACAUGGAAAGGGGGAGGGGGAGGACAAAUUGAAUACAUUUUGAACAAAACUGUUUACAUUGUGAUUGCACUCAAAACAGGAAAUGAUUCACGGAUUUGGCCAC